AUGCCACCCUCAAGCAUAACAAGCGACAAAGAACGACUCGAACCGCGCCUUCUCCGCGCAGCAGAGUCAAACGAUGUCCCCUCCCUCCAAAAAAUCCUCCACCUCGCCCACGACUACAACCAACUCACAGACAACUUCCUACGGAUAGGCCUAAUGCGCAGCGCAGAACGCGCCUGCCUCGACACUACAGAAUACCUACUUUCCCAAGGCGCCAAGACAGACGUAGCCUCGAACCGAGCCUCACCACUCCUCCGCGCCGUCGAGCGAGAUCACUACCAAAUCGUGAAAGUGCUCCUUGACGCAGGCGCAAGCCCCAACACCGCAGACAAAGAAGGUCGCACGGCGCUCAUGACAGCUGCUUGGAAGAACCAUGUCGAUAUUUUACAAUUGUUGAUUUUGCGAGGCGCGGACGUCAACGCCUGUGACCACCGCGCGCGAAACGCACUUCAUAAUCUUGCUGCUGAUAAGGCUUGUCGGUGGGGGUGGGGGGAGGAUGUGGUGAGGUUUUUGCUUGCGGGGAAAUGUAUGGUCGAUGCGCGGGACGAGCUUGGUCGGACGCCGCUGCAUUGGGCUUGUGCGACUGGGAAUUGGAAGUUGGCUGAGAUGUUUGUUGCGAAGGCGGAUAUUGAUGCGACUGAGUCUAGGGGGAAGACUGCGUUGCAUGUUGCGACUGCGCAUGAUCGGGAUGAUAUUGUUAUUCUGUUGCUGGCGCAUCGGGCGAAUAUUAAUGCUACUAGUGAUGGUGGUUGGACGCCGUUGCAUAAUGCUUGUGAUAAGGGGUGUGAGGCUAUUGUGAGGAUUUUGUUGAUGGAGGGGGCGGGGAUUAAUGCGCAGCUUUUGAAUGGGGUUACUCCUUUGCAUCUUGCUGCUCAGGGGAGGAGGGUGAGGGAUAAUUUUGGAAGUACGCCUUUUUUGCGCGCGGCGCAGUUCAAGAGGAAGGAUGUUGUGCUGUUGCUUGCGCCUUUUAAUAAUGUUGAGAGCCUUUCUGAGGAUGUGAAGGGGGCUUGCGCGGCGUUUGAUGCGACAGUGGUGGACUUUGGAAAUUUUCACAACGAGAAUCGGGUUAAGCGCAUGUCUGUUUUCGAUCUGUUAUAUGGCAGGGAUAAGGAGAAUCCGAGGAAGCAGGCUGUUACUACGGUACCGGCUGAUAGUCGGGCGACUGAGUUCAGAUGGAUCCAUCUGCCUGCUAACAACAUGGCUUGGGUGGAAGCUUUGCUCACUAAGUCUUUCAUUGAGGAGGGAGCUCACGACGUUGACGGGUUCAAGGGGUUGGAGAAGUCCUUCAACUAUCAGCAUCGGGGCCAGAGAACCCACUCGCACUUCAUGCGACCACUGUGUCAAAACACACCGCGAACACCGUUCCGACGCCGUGAAGAAGACACAUCUGAAGACCCAGUGUCUGAUCACGGGCACGCAAAACCCAAGGACAACGACCGUAAGCAAAAAGGCCCAGGUGGCAAGCUUGAACGGGUUGAUUCAAAUCCACACGAAGACGGUCCCCCCGGGAAGAAGAAGAGCAAUCAGAAGCGCGGAAAGUCAGGCAGUGCACCAGGAACCCCCAAGUCUGAAACGAAGGGCAAGUCACCCUGGGGCCCGAGCGAAAAGGCACGGUCUUCUCCCCUCUCCUCCUCGAUGUGUAAAGAUCCCCAUCCACUGGUCUCUGCAUGCAACGUCUGCGUGUUCAUGCCAUACCUACACUUUGAGACCACAGAGCGAAGGCAGAAAAUGCAAGAUGCAAUCUCACGAGCGGAGACACUGUCAUUCCCAUGCACAAGUAUGAAGCGGAUGCGUACCAGAGAUGAGAUGCUACUGGAUGCACAUCUAUCAUCCUCAACAACCUCGCUUCAUGUCCGCCGAACAUUAGACCAGUUCUUCUACCCAAACAUUGAUACCCAAAGCCGUGAUCAGGACCAGGUGGUGUUUCGAUACCAAACCAAGAGUCCUGGCAUGGGAUCCGAUCCCAAAAUAUUCAUGGUAGAUCAAUUGUGGAUGUGGGUGUUAGGUACCAAUCUCAUUGUGACGGCGUUUCCUCAGAGAUGGGACCAACCGAAGAAUGAUCCACUCAAUGUUCUAGAUGGGAUAAUCGAGGACAUCAAUUCUAAAACCAGAGAUCCGGUCAGAUCUGUAUAUGAUCUGGCGAUGAUCAUUACCAACCGAUGCUCUGGGGUAUUCGACCGCCAUCGGUUGGGCGACGAAGAGUACCAAUUUUUGGACAUGUUCGAGUCAUCUAUCGGUAUAGCCACCGAUAAAGAGACACUUUUGUUCAACCAGUUCAACCACGCCUCCGUUCAGGCAUCAGACUGGCUGAAAAGCCAUCGCAAACUCGACGGAUCAUUCAGCUCGUCCCGUACAAGGUCUGUGGAUGGCACAGACGAAGACGGACUGAGCAGCGACUACUGCGAUGAACACGGCCAACCGCUAUUCGUCGACCGACUACUGGACAUCGGACAGGAAACCGAUCUCCUCGCGGAAACAAAAGAUAUUCGCGAUGAACUGAACAUGAUCCGCACAGUUCUGGAGCACCAGAAAUACGUGCUUAUCGACUUUCAAGAUGUGAUCUGUGAGACAUACCAAGGCCAACACCGUUCACAGUUCGAUGUCAAAAAGCGGUUCAAGGACCAGCAGCGCGUGAUCGAUAUGCAUCUGAAAGAUAUCGAUCGAAUGGACAAACAAGCCGAACGAAUCUACCACUCCAUCACAGAUCUCAAGACGAUCAUGGUUUUCACCAUUGUCACUAUCGUCUUCUUACCCCUCUCAUUCAUCAGCUCCAUUUUCACAAUCAACAUGAAAGAGUUUGACAAUUUGAAUCUUGGAUACGUGGCAAAAUACACGUUUGGAAUUGGGUUUGCAAUUUCCAUUCCUCUUGUCUGGGUUGCUUUAACGGUUGAUGAUAUUGGUGGCUUUUUCCGCGUGAGCAGUCGACGUUGGCUGUCGAAGAAUAAAGCCCCACCGACGCGAGAGCCGCCACUUCAAGCGUUGGAGAUGGAGAAGAUAAUUAGUAUUUCGCGCAUGCGUCGCAGCGUGGAUGUGGAAUAUCGCGGUAAUUUGCUACCUGUUUCAACGCGGGGAUCGGUGAUGUCUAGGGGACCUGAGUUGUAUCCCGCUGGACUGGGGUCUGCGCGGAAGAGUUAUGAUUUACGAUCUAGUCAGGACUACAGAUCUCGAUGA